AUGCAGGUUCCUGCUAUUCAGCAGAAAAGAACUGUAGCAUUUCUAAACCAGUUUGUGGUUCACACAGUGCAGUUUCUCAACCGCUUUUCUACUGUUUGUGAAGAGAAAUUGUCAGCGCUCUCUCUCCGUAUCCAACAAAUUGAAACAACACUCAAUAUUUUGGAUGCAAAGUUGUCCUCUAUUCCUGGCCUAGAAGAUGUCAAAUUUGAAGUGUCCAGUGCAAAUAUGAAUAGUCUUACAAAUGGUCCUGUGGCACAAGGUACUACAGAUCAACAGACAGCUGUAUCACCUCAAUCUGGACAGAACAAUAUACAUGAAGAAGGGUUACAGAAAACGGAGGUAGUAACAGAAAAUGUCAGAACUGUGGCCAAGGAUCCAAGAUAUGCCAGAUAUCUCAAAAUGGUACAAGUGGGUGUUCCUGUAAUGGCAAUACGAAACAAAAUGAUUUCUGAAGGGCUAAAUCCAGACCUUCUUCAGACCCCAGAUGCCCCUGUGCCUGCCUGGGGAGAUGAUGGGAAUGCAGAAGACAGUUCUGAUAGUGAAUCUUCAUUUAGUGACUAAGAGACUGAUUUCGGCCUUUGGAAACCUCUGUUAAGUGCUAAUGUGUUUGGAGCUUUAGCAGACAGUGGUUUUGUGUGGGUCACAUGGGUGACGUGAUUUAUCUGACAGCAUUUUUAAGAGCUAAGAUCCUCCAUGUUCUCUCCCAGAAAGUUUGAACAGGCAGCGUAUUUCAACCUGAACCUUUCCACCGUGAAAAUCAGUCGUGAGAUCCUUGCAAUUUUUAUGCUGCAUCAUUUCAGAUUCCUUUCUGAUUCUUCUG